AUGUCACUCCGGGGUCGCAAAACAGACCCUAGGUCUACGGGGCCACCCCACACCCAAGAUCAGCAUGAGCCUACCGAGCACUCAAGACUGCUUCCUGCAGAUAAUAAUCAUGGGUUCCUCAACCCAGAUGAUCCUGCAGUAUCGCCCUACAAUCUAUGGAGCGUGCGCGCGCUGCGUGGCCUGUCCGCCACUGCCUUAGCAAUCAGCUUCAUAUGGUGGACGUUCCUUCUGGUCUCCAUAUUUGUCAACCCACCGAUGAUGCACCCACGGGGGUCGGGCUUCUUUGCCUUUUCAUACACCACCUUGGCGACAGGAUACCUGGUGGUUGGACUCCUGUUCUUUGCAGUGCCAUCCAAGCCCAUGACCAUAUGGGCCAUUACACUUGCCGUUCUUCUUGUGUUGGACAUGAUUAUAAUCCUCGCUGUGCCGCGGAUUCGUCUUGAAGAGGGUUGGGUGGGGAUUGCUUCUGUCGUCUGGGUCGCUCUGAUCGCUAUCUACCAUGCCAUCCAGAACCAAGCGGUUGCUUGGGGUAAGCGGGAGGAGGAAGAGCGUCUUACUGGUCGAGAAGAGACUCGACGCUCCCUGCUGGAGUGGGUUGCUGUUCUCGCGGAAUCCAUUUUACUAGCUGUCAUGGGCAUCGCUACCAUCAUGUUCACAGCGACUUUGAUCUUGCGUGCUUUCGACGCCGGGCUCGAAGCUCCAGGUAAGCGUUACUCGGUGCAUGGGAAUACCUAUCAAGUCCAUCUCGCUUGUGUCGGGAACAAAACGGCAGACGAUAAAGCACCAACGAUCCUUCUGGAGGGUGGAAACGGACCUGUCGAACAUACGCUGCAACCCUUCAUUGACGAUGUAUACAGCCGUGGCAGUAUCGACAGAUACUGUUACUGGGACCGACCAGGAUUCGGAUGGUCUGACAACGCACCCUCGCCCCAUUCUGCGGGAAUGUCAGCGGAUGUACUAGGGGAGGCCUUAGCUCUUGAAGGCGAGACUGGUCCAUGGAUCGUUGUUUCCGCUGGAGUUGGCAGUCUAUAUUCGAGGCUAUUUGCCAGUCGCAAUCUUCUCGAGGUUCGUGGCAUCUUUAUGAUCGAUCCCCUCCACGAGGCAUACUUGGGAGACCUUGGACGACCCGGUCGUGGGUUUUUGCUUUGGCUUCGUGGAAUCAUUUCUCCGCUGGGGUUGGAUCGGCUUGCCGGCGCCAUUUUACGAGGCCGUUCUCGCGAGGAUCGCGUUAUCGGUCGUGCGGCUUACCAGACUGGGAAAUAUAUCAAAGCAAAGCUGCAGGAAAACCUCGUUGCUGUCACCAUGACUGCCCCGGAGAUAAAGUCUGCUCGCCAUGUCCAGAUGGGUCAUGCUCCUGUAGUUGUUGUGAGCUCCGGGCAAGAAGUGAGAAAGAGUUCUCAGUGGGAAGAGCGACAGGAGGAUCUUUCACAUAUUACAGAUAACCUUUUGUCUUGGGAUAUUGCCGACGAUGCUCCCCAUGAAGUAUGGACUACCGGACAGGGACGGGAGCUGUUGGAAAGACGUUUGAAGGAGCUUGUCCAAAAAGCUCAGGCGUAUGAGCAAUGA